UGCGCGAACUUUGCGUAGUACGAAUGAGUGCUUUAAUUUACCGCAAUAAAAAAAUCAGCAAUGUAUACCGAAUCCGGCGAAGAUUUGCGAAGUAUUCGCGGAUAGUGUGGAGCCGGCAUUACGAUACAUACAAAAAUAAAAUUUGUGAAUAUGUGUGUGUGCCCGUGUCCAUUUGUCAAUUUAAAUAUCAUCAAACGUAUACAUAUACGUACCUAUAUAUAUACAUAUAUCUCGAAAUUAUUCAUAAUAAAUCAUUUAGAAUUUUAGAAUUACAAUAUGUGAUAAUUUCUACAUAUAAAGACUUAUUAUGACUAUAACGUAGAAAUACAAAAAUAAACAUAACUUUAAUUGAUAAAUUUGUCAGUAGUUGAUGACUGAUGAUGAUGUCGAGGGAGACGUCUAUAAAAUGUAGAAGCAAAACCCAUAGCGCGAUUUCAUACGUAACACGCCAUCUAGUGUUUACGUCAGUAGAAUAAUGACUGAAACUGUUUGUACUAAAAAAGUGUUAAGUCAGUAGUUGAUCGUUGGUCUCAUUUCUGAAUUCAUAAAUAUUUUUAUGAAUUCAAUAUAUAAAUGCUUUAAUAUAAAAAUGCUUCGACUUUAUAAAAAUUAUAAAAAAAUCUGAAAAUAAAUGUCCUAAUUAGUUGUAUGUUCAAGAUUUUUUAAAGAAUAGAAAAAAGCUGAGCGGAUCACAUUAUCAUUAUAGUACCACCACAUUAUUAUACUAUUAAUCUAGAUCUGUUUUCAAAAUAUAUAUUCAAUCAAACAUAUUUUUCAAAAUGACCACCCACUAAAAUGCAAGUAUGCGGUUAAUUUCGUACAUAAAACAUGUAAACCGCACAUAGUUUAUAGGGGUCAAAACAAAGAUCAACAAAUAGAAACAAAAAUUGGUGGAAAUUAUAAAAACGUUUGAAUAAAAAACUAGGUGUGUUCUGUCUCAAUCCAAAUAAAAGGCCGUAAAAUAGUAGCUCUGAGAGGAAUUCCUACGUGGAGGCCGGGGUCAAGUGAGGCUAGGACGUCAGGAUUUACAUACAUGGUAUUAUUAGCACUGGUCUCCCUGGCCGCUGCUAAACCAAAGCCGGGUCUGUAUGACCCCUGGGGAGGUCCAUCAAUAUCAUCGCUAGGUCUAGUGCACCAACCAGCUGUGUCUAUAGCCCAGCCGUUGGUACACGCGCCAGUAGUACACGCCGCGCCAGUAGUACACGCCGCGCCGCCAGUAGUACACGCCGCGCCAGUAGUACAGGCCGCGCCAAUAAUAGCUAAGCCUGCAGCCACUAGCUAUUCCUCCUUCCAACAGGUCGUUCACCCCGUGUCCGUGGCACAGGUGCAUACUCCGGUGAUCUCCCAACCAGUGUAUCAUCAACCAGUCGUGCAAGCAGUCGCCCAACCAGUGGUACAUGCGCCAGUAGUCCAACCUGUCUACUCCAAGUACUUGUCAGUGGGCUCCUAUGGACACGGGUGGUGAUGAGCUAGCGUUGAGAUCAUGUCCGUUAUGUUGGUGCAAAUAUUAUAUAUAUUAAAUUAUUUGUC